AUGCCCAUACCCCCCAUUGCCAUUGUCGACUUCUACGCUCCGCUCGACUUACUCCAUCCAUUCUGGCAUAGCCCCCUUCCCAUGUUAGCCAAGUUGCCAGAAUUCGAUACUGAGUUCCUCUCUACCAUCUACAACCAGGAUCCCCCACCCUCUGCCACCCUCUUCUCCUUAGAGAAUGGAGAUAAAUCAGCAAACACCGGCCUCCUGCCCUUCGACUUCUCGCAGGUCCGAAAUGCAUGGCUUUUCCACUCGCUAAAGCAUGGGUCUCACAUGAAAGCCGUGGUAGGGGAUGGUGACUAUACGCGAGUGGAUCCAUUGAGACUUCUAAGUCCGUCCUUUCCGCCCACCUGCUUCGUACAUGGGACGGCGGACACGAUGGUCGAUGUACAGUUCUCGGAGCAGGCCUUCAGUACGUUGAAGACACUAGGGGUGGCGACAGAGAUCCACAUUGCAAACGGCGAGAAUCAUGGGUUUGAUAAGAGGGUUGAUGAAACGCAUGCGAGCUACCUGCCAGUCGCAGCGGCGAUUCGUUUUGCUGUGGAUUAUGCGGACCCUCCGUUCCGUGAAUCCCACCCAAGACAAAAGUCCAAAGCAAUUGUUGUAUGGCGUCCGCCGCACUGUCCCGAUAAGUAUGGUUUUGGAGACCCUGGUCUUGGGCUGCGUCGUCGGGGACUGCGUAGUGUAGGCGUUCCUGGUGAUCCUGGCGUCCAUGGUCCUCCUGGCGUCGGUGGUGUCCCUGUCUGUGGUGAUCCUGGCAUCCAUGGUGAUCCCGGCGUCUGUGGUCCUCCUGGUGUUUGUGGCGAUCCUGGCGUCCAUUCUAAUCCUGGUGUCUGUGGCGAUCCUGGCGUCCAAGGUCCUCCUGGUGUCUGUGGUGUCCCUGGUGCUUCCGAGAGUUGGAGAUUCACAGUGCCAGGCGUUCCCUGUCUCAUUUGUGGUCUGACUACUAUCGUAUCUUGGGAACCGAUUGAAGAUCCC